GUGUAUUAAAUGCGUCUAGAGUUGACUGAUUGGUUUCAUUUGCUAGGCACGUAUUACUUGUGUGAUCAAGGUUAUAGCAAUUGUGAAGGAUUCUUAACACCAUACCGUGGGCAGCGGUAUCAUCUCAAGGAGUGGGGAGGAUUACGCUCUAAGAAAGCGGAAGAAUACCGUUGACAUCAUGAAUGAAGGAAUUGAGCAGAGUCUUAGAGAAAGUGCAGGGCAUCAGCAGGCACAUGACCAGGCAACUAAGGGGGAGCCAUCUGCGAAGGGUGCUGUUGGCAGCAACUCUGCUGCUAAGAAGAAGGCUAAAAGGGUCGAGUUCAACAAUGAUGAAGCUAUAGCGAAUGUUGUGUCUGAGCUUGGUGGUUUGAAGCAUGUUAUUGACAAGGCUGUAGAAGCUCUUGGAUCCAUACUAGGUGAUGAAGAUAAUGACAGCAGUAAGCAAGCUACACUAAUGGCUUUGAUUGGAAAAAUUGAUGGACUAACACGAUGCCAAGUCAUUGAUGCUGCAAUUGCUCUAGUGGACAAUGAAUCGAAGACAAAACUCUUUUAUGCUCUUAAGAACGAAGAGGACCGCUUCUAUUUUGUUAAGAGUCUACUAAGUUGACCAUAAAUGGGGGUAGCUAGCAUUUGGACAUAAGAUUUUGUACAACACAUGUGGAAUGGUAUGUGAAACUUCAAUUUUUGGCAAGUCGAAGCAACCAGGAUUGGACAGUGCUUAGGAUGUUGAUGAAGGUAGGAAUAGUUUGAUUUUGAUGAAGUUUAUUUAUCAUUCCAACUCGUGUGUAGUAAAAUGUAAGAGAACAU